UCAAGUUUGGAAAACAGAAAGAAAAAAAGACUCACAGCUUCUAACUUUGGCAAAAUUGUUAAACGAAAUACCAAACUCAAAAUUAAACCACUUGUUUCAGAAUUGUUAUAUUCAGGUUUCAAAGGAAAUGCUUAUACAGUUAAAGGACUGCAAGAAGAAAGAAAUUCAAUUCAUGAAUACAUUUUGAAAAAAGCUGAAUCUGGGGUAAAUGUCAACGUUGAAAGUAGUGGACUUAUUAUUGACAAAAAUCACAAAUUCCUAGCCUGCAGUCCAGAUGGACUUGUCAAUGAAAAUGGAGAAAUGGGCGUUAUAGAAAUUAAAAAUAUUCUGCAGAAAAAGAAUAUGUCAUUCAUUCAAGCAACGAAAAAAGUGUCAAAUUUCUGUUUACAAUAUACCGAUGAAAAAGUCCAGUUGAAAAAGAAACAUAACUAUUACUUUCAGUGUCAAGGCCUUUUGAAUAUAUCUGGCCUACCCUGGCUUGACUUCAUUGCAAGGUCUACUAGCCCUUAUCAGAUUCACAUAGAGAGGAUAUACAGAGAUGAGGUUCUUUGGAAUGAUACAAUGCUUCCAAAAUUAGAAGCUUUCUAUUUUUUGGCAUUAUUACCGGAAUUAGCUGCACCACGUUACAACAAAAGUCCAGGAAUUAGAGAACCUGGUGAUUGGUUUUUAGUCAACACUUCCAAGAAAAAAACAUGUACAAGAAACAGAAGAAAUCCAAGAAAAAUACCUGUAGCCAAGAAAAAAACUACAACAAGAAAGGAUACUGACAAUUCAACAACCAACAAAAACCAGAGUUCUAAGUGUUCGAACACUAAAUUUGUUGGUCGUAGAAUCAAACACAAGUGGACGGUUAACGAAGAAGAAAUUUGGUAUGAGGGAACAGUUUUAGCCGCAGUUUCUGGAAAAGAUGGUGAAAGAUUGGCAGAAUAUGACAUACUUUAUGAUGGUGAAGAUUCCAGUUGUAUAGUGAACCAUUUAGUUGAAGAUUUCAGAGAGUCAUCAGUGCAGUUUAUUGAUUUGUAAGGUUUAUUUAUUUUUUAUGGAACUCCUAUAAACCAAGAAUUUUAUAAUGGCACCAAGUUUUUUCUGGAAUAUCAGAAGUUUUUGAUGAAUGAAGAAGACUAUGAAGAAUUGAUUUUAAUUUGCCAAUAUAAGAUACUCAUAAAUGUUGAUACACCUGAGUGUUUACCAUUUGACAUUAGAUGUUACUUUUAAACUGAUCUGUAUGUAUAUACCGGUGUAUAUUUUUACUUUAUAAUUAAACAUCAUUUAGUAAAACUUUUCAUAUAUACUGAUUAGUUGAUUGACAUUGAAUGUAUUGUUUUUAUUGGUACUGAAAUUGUAAGACACACAUUGAUUGUGUCACUUGAAUUUUGUUUUUCAAAAACUUUCAGAAUUUUUUGAAGGAAAUCAUCUAAAAUUAUUUAUUACAUAUAUAGGCUAUAUUUGGAUUUAAUUUUUUGUUGUAAAAUUUUGUUGAAAUUUCACUUUGAAUUUGAUAAUGUAAUUGGAUUUCGAACACAUUACUGAACUUGCAUUAGAGAUUUUUAAAAGUGUGACACAUACAUGUAGGUAGAAGAGUAAAGAGUUACUAGUAGUCUACGGUUUGUAAUUGAUACUGUAU